AUGAGGCGCGCUGGACUGGGUGAAGGAGGCUCAGGUAAUUAUGUGGCAAGCGGAUACAGCGUAUACGAAGAAAAAAAUGAGCACCUACAAGAGGGGCUGAGAGCAAAAGUGGAGGCUCUGAAAAGUCUGUCCAUUGACAUUGGAACAGAAGUCAAAUAUCAGAAUAAAAUGCUAGAUGAAAUGGACACAGACUUUGACUCGACAGGGGGACUGCUGGGGGCCACCAUCGGCAGGGUCAAACAGCUGUCCAGAGGCAGUCAGACCAAGCUGCUGUGCUACAUGCUGCUCUUCUGCCUUUUUGUCUUCUUUGUCUUGUACUGGUUCAUCAAGUUGAGGUGA